AUGCGCUCCGUCUACGGCAUGCAUCUGUACUUCCACAGGGAAAUCAUCGCGCAGUGCGACUACGCAUCUGGUGUUCUGCCAGAGGGUUCGUAUAAAACAUGGGAAACAGAACUCAAGAUUGCCAUGUCGUCCUUCCGCUUUGUCGCCCCCCUUCUUGUCGCUGCUCUUGCGGCCGUCUCCAGCGUUCGCGCCGAGUCGCACACCAUCACCUUCACCAACAACUGUGGCUACGGAACCCCCACGCUGUCGCAAAACUUUAACACACUUUCUACCGGUGCACCUUACACGGCGAAUGGACCGUUCGAAGCGGCGAUCGCCUACCUUGACACCGGCAACUGUGGCUUCGAUGGCUCAGACUGUCUCAUUGUCGAGACUACGCUGAAGAACGGCGCCGUUUCUAGCACGGAUUUGUCGCUUAUUUCUCCCCAUGUCUUCUCAGCCACAACAGGCUUUGGUUAUUAUAAUGGUUGCGAUGGUGCCGGUGCUCAGUGCACCGGCGCGGACUGCAGCACCGCAUUCCACACCACCACCGACUACCAAGUCCAGGUCCAAUGCGAGAGCGACGAUGUUAACCUCGCUAUCACCUUCUGCUAA